UCUCUCUCUAUCUCUUCCUUUUUGAACUACCUUCCGUCAAAAAUGGGUAUCGACAUUUGUCAUAAAUGGGACAGAAAAGUCCGUCGCACACAACCCAAAUCACAAGAUGUUUAUUUACGCUUGUUGGUUAAGUUGUACCGCUAUUUGUACCGCCGUACACAUCAAAAAUUCAACAAGAUCAUUCUCAAGCGCUUGUUUAUGAGCAGAAUCAAUCGACCAGUCAUCUCGAUGCAACGCAUUAUUCGCUUGAUGAAGAAACGUCAGGCAACUGAGAACAAUGUUGCAGUGAUUGUGGGAACUGUCACCAAUGACUUACGUGUUUUGCAGGUUCCAAAGCUCAGAAUUUGUGCUCUUCGCGUUACUGAACGUGCCCGUGAAACUAUCACUAAAGCUGGUGGCGAAAUUAUUACAUUCGAUCAACUGGCAUUGUUGGCACCAACUGGCAAAAACACAGUUAUGAUGCAAGGUAAACGUAACUCUCGUGAGUCCUGUCGUCACUUUGGAAAGGCUCCUGGUGUGCCACACUCACAUACACGACCAUUCGUCCGAUCGAAGGGACGUAAAUUUGAACGUGCUCGUGGUCGUCGUACAUCAUGCGGUUACAAGAAGUAAAAUGUUUUGAUUUCUUAAAUAUAUGGAAGUUAAUAUUCGUGAACAUCCAACAAAUGCGAAUAAAGAUUCAAUCUUGUGAAAAAAGAAAAUUUUGUUUUCCAUUCAUGCAUUCUUUGUUUUGUUUUUGUAUAUUUAAUCAAAUAAUUUUG